GUCUACUUGAACGUUUACGACUUGAGUCCAGCGAAUGACUAUCUUUACGCCAUAGGUUUGGGGUUGCACCAUUCCGGAGUGGAAGUCUCGGGCACGGAAUAUUCCUUCGCCAGUGGGGCGGGUGUCUUUGAUAGUCCGCCCAAAGUGGCCCCCGGUGCCAAGUUUCGCCAGCAGAUCGAAGUCGGAGCCUUUGACGGAGGCCCCGGAAAGCUUCAACAGGCUCUCACCGAGCUCCGCGUAGACUUUGGUCCGGACGACUACAAUCUCGUCCGCAAGAACUGUAACCACUUUGCCAACGCAUUGUGUUGGAAACUCGUGCGUACCACCAUUCCGGGACACGUCAAUCGAUUGUCCGAUAUUGGCGUUUGCUGCAGCUGUCUUUUGCCACGACAGCUUCUCGAA